CCCUUGAACUUGAGAGGGGGACUGCAUCCCGGCUUGACUCACCUGAGCCCUGGCCGGGGCUGCGGCCUCUGAAAAGCUGACAGUCCAGCUUUUUGUGGUCCAUGAAAGCAGUGAUGGCCUCCAAGGGAAAAGUCUGCAGGCAGCGGCCGCAGAUGAGGAAACGGAACAGGGAGGGUGCUUGCCGAGCUGCUGUGACCUGUCCAGAUCCCUCGUAGUGAAUCUGGGAGGGAUACGAACCACCCUUCUCCCCGAAUCCACACCUCCUUCCUCUGCGCAGUGGGAGCCAGUAUUUUCCUGCCGGCGACCAAACAUCACAGCCGUGGUGCUUAACGUGUUCCAGGCAUGUGCUGAGCCCCGGCAGCUUGCUAGGCCAUCCAGUCCCCGUGACAACCCUGUGAGCCAGGAACAUGCAGACUCCCGCGACGGUCCCGGUGCCUGUGCCGGUGCUCCGGCUCCCCCGGGGCCCUGAUGGCCUGAGCCGAGGCUUCGCCCCGGACGCCCGCGGCGCGCUCCCGAAGCCGCAGGUUCCUCAAUCUCCGGGGUCUCCAGUCGCUCCAGAAUCUCUCGAGUCCCGGGAACAGCAGGCACGAGCCACCCUUCGGGAACGCUACCUCCGCAGCCUGCUGGCCAUGGUGGGUCACCAGGUGAGCUUCACGCUGCACGAGGGUGUGCACGUGACCGCCCGCUUCGGGGCCACCGACCUGGACGUGGCCAACUUCUACGUGUUGCAGCUGCAGACGCCGAUAGGCGUGCAGGCCGAGGCGCUGCUGCGGUGUAGCGACAUAAUUGCGUACACCUUCAAGCCGCAAUGACACCACCGGGGUCGCCCUUCUGCUGGAGGCCUGGCCGCAGUAUCGCCGCCUUCCCGAUGUUCACGAGCCCAGGACCCUGCGCCCCACGGAGUUUGGAACUCCCUUGGAUUUUGAGCCGCGCUCCAAGCAACUUUGGCUUCUUGGGACCUCCGGGGUCUGGUCGGUAAAAUUCUACAACCACAGACGUUCUAGAGCCCGGUGGAAAGGAAUGCUCGACCUCACAGGAAUCUAAACUCUAAAAUAGGGCCUCAUGCCAGUUCCUGAAGACUGGGGGUUGGGGGUGGUUAAUAAAGGAAGGCACAUUGCAGAGUGGGAAACGGCUUGUUAGAGUUGCAAAGUUCGGCCACCCUGGAGAAAGUCUCCUCCUACUAAAGAACCAAUUAUCCCAGG